CCUGUGGUUCGUUCUCUUCUCCUAAACCUCAAUCGCCGAUCAACCAGAAGCCAAUAGAGACGGCGUAACGAGCGAGAGAGAGAGAUACAAUGGCGGCGAGCCUUAUGAACAGAGCCGUUUCUAGAACCGAAACCAUCGGUGCUUUCAGACUCUCGCUCAACCUCCUGAGAAACUUCUCAUCGCCGGCGGCGGCAUCUCCGGCCACUGAAAACCCUAGCUCCGAUCCGAUUAAAGCUAAACGAAGGAAGAAGAAGAAUAAGAACCUAAUCGAAGUCGCUCAGUUCUUACCCAAUUGGGGAAUUGGAUACCAUAUGGCUAAAGCUCACUGGAACGGAGUCUCUUACGAGAUCACUAAGAUCAAUCUCUACAAGGAUGGUAGACAUGGAAAAGCGUGGGGGAUUGUUCACAAAGACGGCUUGCGAGCUGCGGAAGCUCCAAAGAAGAUAAGCGGAGUUCACAAACGCUGCUGGAAGUAUAUCCCUAACCUGUCAAAGACCACACCUGCAAGUGCAACCGCCGCCCAAGUACAAGCUGACUGAUCUGUGUACUUCCAUUGUUUGUGGGUACUUCUUAGAUAUAUGUCUGUUUUCUCAAGCAUAAAGAAGGAAUGAUACAUAAUCUUCGGAUGAUAGUUGGUUUUUAGGUUCAUCUUAUUAAGACGUUGACGCUUCUUGAGAUGGAUUUUGAUGUGCCUGCAACAA